UGAGGACGCACAUGGUUUAUAGAUCACCAUGCUAAUCCAGCAUGACUACUUUUUUUUCCGUUAUCACUAACACAUGGCUAUAGCCCCGUGAAUUCUAUUUUCAUUUCAAGGGUUCAGCUGGAAGACGGCGGGUGGUCCGCGAGUGUAAAUUACGGACUCGUCAACCCUAUGUCCCCGGUAGUGGCAACCUGCGCGUUGCGGCGUAUCUUUUUAGUUUUAUACAUCUAUUGAGUUGCCCCUUCAGCAGACGAACCUUUAUUCGCUCUUUUGACCGCUUUGGCGACGAUGGGGACAACGCAUUUCACAGUGUAUUUUGUGACCACUGCGUUCUUGGUGCACGUAUCUUUGCAGGGGGAGCACCAGCGGCGUCUAUAUAAGGAUCUGAUGAAGAACUACAAUCCCUUGGAGAGACCCGUCUACAACGACUCACACUCUCUCACUGUUCAUUUCAGUUUCAGCCUCAUGCAGAUUAUGGAUGUGGAUGAAAAGAAUCAAGUUCUGACAACGAAUAUCUGGUUACAACUGUACUGGGUGGAUUAUUACUUGCAGUGGAACAUGAGUGACUAUCCUGGUGUAACCAACGUGAGGUUUCCUGAUAGUCAGAUCUGGAAGCCUGAUAUUCUUCUGUAUAACAGUGCUGACGAGAGGUUUGAUGCUACUUUUCAUACCAAUGUUCUGGUCAACUCAUCUGGCCACUGCCAGUAUCUGCCACCAGGUAUCUUUAAGAGCACCUGCUACAUUGAUGUGCGCUGGUUCCCUUUCGACGUCCAGCGGUGUGACCUGAAGUUCGGCUCAUGGACGUAUGGUGGCUGGUCACUAGAUCUGCAGAUGUUAGAGGCUGAUAUCACAGGAUACAUUGCCAACGGGGAGUGGGAUCUUGUAGAGGUCCCUGGACGGCGGAAUGAGAGGUUUUAUGACUGCUGUAAGGAGCCCUACCCUGACGUUACCUUCACAGUGGUGAUGAGAAGGAGGACACUCUACUAUGGCCUGAACCUGCUCAUCCCCUGCGUGCUCAUAUCCACUCUUGCACUGCUGGUGUUCUUGCUGCCCGCUGACUCAGGAGAAAAGAUCUCACUGGGAAUCACUGUGUUGCUGUCACUGACUGUUUUCAUGCUCCUGGUGGCUGAAAUCAUGCCAGCAACAUCAGAUUCUGUGCCUCUGAUUGCUCAGUACUUUGCCACCACCAUGGUGAUUGUUGGCUUAUCAGUCAUAGCUACAGUGCUUGUGUUACAAUACCACCAUCGUGACCCAGACAGUGGCAAAAUGCCAAAGUGGACACGUGUGGUGCUGCUGAACUGGUGUGCCUGGUUCCUGCGCAUGCGUCGUCCAGGUGAUGAGCGCGUCCGCUUAGCCUGCCACAACAAGCAUCUUCACAGGGGCAGUGUCUCCAGCACAGAGCUCUCCAUCAGUCAGGGGGCACUGCAGCCUACCAGCAGCAACAUGCUCUAUAUCGGCUUCAGGGGAAUGGAAGGGGUCCACUAUGCUGCCUCACCUAAUUCAGGUGUGCUCUGUGGGCGUCUCAUGGGGGCCAGCGAGGAGGACGUGCUGUUGCCCGGGGGCGGAGUCUCUGGGAGUAUUGUGGGAGGGGCUUCAGAGACAGAACUGGCAAAGAUUCUGGAGGAAGUGAGGUACAUAGCAAAGAGAUUCCGGAGCCAGGAUGAAGACGAGAGCGUGUGCAAUGAGUGGAAGUUUGCAGCAGCGGUUAUUGAUCGCCUUUGUCUGAUGGCCUUCUCCAUCUUCACCAUCCUCUGCACAUUUGGCAUUCUCAUGUCUGCACCUAACUUUGUGGAGGCUAUCUCUAAAGACUUCUUCAGUUAAAACAAAUAAGACAUUAAGACAUACUUUUCUGUGUAUUACAUAUUUCUCAACAGUAAUUUCAUAGUCAGUUCUAUUUAAGCAUUUACUCUUAUAGCACAUCUAAAAUAGUGACUGAAAACACUCCUUGAAACGGUCAUUGUAACCUGUGGGUUUAUAUACGUUACACAAAUGAACACAGAUUCAAGUGUAACAUAACUGUAGUGACUGUAUUUGCUUACUUGUUCCCAAUGUACAAUACACAGAAUAUGGAGAUGAA